GACCGGGGGGGGGGGGGGGAUUUAUGCGGAAUUGGAGACAGAAUCGGAGCCUCCUGGUGGAAGAAUGACGACUGAAAAGUGUGCAACCUCCGCGGUACACGACCUGAGGUGAAGCGGAGAAAAUGAUAGAAGAAACGCACCCCAACGAUGACAGCUACAUAGUGCGUGUGAAAGCGGUGGUGAUGACGCGGGACGACUCCAGCGGUGGCUGGCUGGCUCAGGACGGGGGAGCCCUGACCCGGGUGGGCGUGUGCCGCCUCGUCCCCACAGACCUGGCCCCCAUCUCGGGUUCCUCCCAGUUCCUCAUACGUGGCGAGCGGCUCCGGGACAAACAGGUGAUCCUGGACUGUCCUCUGAGGAAGGAUCUGGUGUACACCAUAGCAAUGCCUACGUUUCACCACUGGAAGGUGGAGGACAGGAGGUGCGGCCUGUCCUUCCAGAGCCCGGCCGACGCCAGAGCCUUCGACAGGGGAGUACGGAAAGCCAUCGAGGACUUGGCUGAAGGCUCCACGACCUCCUCCACAGCACUCCAGAACGAGGGCGAACUGGGCGACGACGACGUCUUCACUAACACGACGGACAGCUCAUCCAACUCUUCCCAGAAGCUGGACAGCUCGCUGCAGCCGCUCGAGUCCUCGCCCCUCCCGCUGAGACACAAGUGCAUGGCGAGGCAUCGUCACGACCUGCACGACUCCUACCACCUCACAGACCACUACUACUUGGACCAGCCGUUGCCUCGGAAUUCCCGCCACGUCACCUUCGACGAUGAAGAAAUCGUCCGCAUCAACCCCCGGGAGCGCAGCUGGGAGCGAACCACGGAGCGCCACCUGGGCCGCCACUCGGACCGCCACUGGCUCACGGGCUACGAGGACUACCGCCACGCCACCAUGCGGGACAAGUUCAUCCACACGGACGACUCCGAGUCCUACGUGCACUUCGACAAGACGGAGACGCAGAAGCACGACUACACCUACCCGCUGCCGCCGGCGCUGUCGCCGUCGGACUCGGACCUUUCCAUCGGACCCUUGACCGUGAAGGGCCACAGCGGGUCGCACCGCUCGGGCUUUUCCUCGGUGGUCUCCACCCAGCCCCGCUCCUUCCUGCCCAGCUCCUCCCCGUCGUCCAACGGCGGGAAGGGGCGCAAGGGCGACCGGAUGGAGCGCGCUCAGUGCGAGCACUGCGGCGAGGCUUUUUACACGUCGGAGAACAGACGGGGCCGGUGCCAGGACGCCCCAGACCCCGUGCGGGCGUGCAUCCGGCGGGUCAGCUGCAUGUGGCUGGCGGACACCAUGCUCUACCACUGCAUGUCCGACCCGGAGGGGGACUACUCGGACCCGUGCUCCUGCGACGGGGGCGAGGGCGGCGGCGGGGGCUGCCCGGGCACGCGCUGGCUAGCUCUGCUGGCCCUGUCCGUGGUGGCGCCCUGCCUCUGCCUCUACCCGCCCCUGCACGCCUGCCACCGAGCGGGGCUCGCGUGCGGCUGCUGCGGGGGCCGGCACAAGGCCCUGAGCUGAGCCGAGGCCCCGGGGAAAUACUAGACCCUUAAAACCCAACACAGGCACAAGGAAAGGGAAGGAUGGGGACGAAUGAUCACGGCUGCUCGCGCUCUUGCCUUGGUUUUUCUGGGGUUUUUCUACAAAUUCCAGACACUGAAAUAAGCCAAAAAAAGAAUUAAAAAAAACUAUUGGUGCAUUUUCUGAACAGCCUGGGAAGAUAAGCUCCCCCUUAUGGCAGACAGUUCUCUCAUUUCUCCACGUGGCCAUUUCAUGCUCUGUUUCUAAUGAGAGAGCAGUCGUUUUUCAGGGGGCCUUUUUUAUAGCUGACCUAUAUGUCAUGUAUCACAUAUGCAGGUACUUUAUAUUGUUAUAUUUGUACACAGACUCUGCGUCAAAGAACUUGAAUUGUUUCUUUGUUGUAUUUUUCUUUUUCUUUCUUCCUCCUUUUGUUUGUCUUGCCAUUUUGUUUUAUAACCUAUUCCAAUAUCGGGCUAGCUCAGUUCAGCUCCAGCUACAAAACAAAUCAGACACUACACCUCGUUGCGCCUGCGUGAGUGUGUGUAUGUGUGCGCGGAUGCUGACGAUGUGCAUGGAGGCGUUUUUUGCUAUCUGUUCCGCAGGUUAUAGUAAAGGUCAUGUAUAUAGUCUUCAUAGCUCUUUCACCAUAGACACCUUCUUUGUUCACUGAAACACGCAUGGUACUCAUCUUAAUCUUCAAAUAUUCCAAAGAUUUGUGGUUUUUAUCCUAUUUAUUUUCUCACGGAAUCGAUGUGCCAGCAAAAAAAGGGUGCUGGGUCGCGAUCCGCCCGCCGAAAACGAGACGCCGCCUCGAGUCACGCUACAAUAAUCUAGCACCCCGUCUCUUUCUCGGCUCCUCUCGCGUUAUUUCAAACAGUGCCUGAACACACCGUGACCGGGAACCCUUCGAGUCUUACGAUUUCAGUGAGAUUUUUAGGCUCGUUUUUAACUCGUCGAACUCUUGAAGCGGGCGAGGGAUUUUUAAGGCUUGGAUUUCCUCAUUUCUUUGCAGAACCUCAGCCAGCGGUUCCGCCGUGUCACGUCCAGGACUGAGAAGUCGGUCAGAUAGCAUUACAAUUGGUUGCCCGUAUGCCUUAAAACGUGGAGUCGCACUCCAAACUUGACCCGCGUCGCUGACGAUGUCUAUUAUAGUGAAAAGUAAGAGCAGGGUUACAGCUCCAAGCAAUCAGCCUCACCACAUACUACUUUUUUUUUUUUUUUCGUAAUAGAUAUUUUUUUUUAAAAGACUUUUUUUAAAGACGAUCCUCUUUAAGUGUGUGAACACAGGAUCUUACUUUGGCUGCAAAGUACAAUCACCUCCUUCCUGUCCUCUAGCAACGUCUAUACUUGAUCUCAUCCGUCACAUCUGGGGAAAACCGAGGCCGCGUUUUUCAGAUUUGAAGUUCCUCCUAAAAUACAUUUGUUGAAAAACAUGCAGUUGCAUGCUCAAAAAAACUUUAAUUUGUGAGUUUUUAAUAUCAGGCAAACUUCUUAUUCUGUUGCCAACAACAUGAUUAUUAAUGAUACUUUUAAGAUGUGUCCCGUUUUUUGAAAGAUAAGCCCCGGUCCGACCCCCCAGACCACCCCAGAGCUGUUCAAGGAAAAGCUUGACAUGUGAGGAAGGAGAGAGAGUUAAGAUGAGAGCGUCUGUACCACUCACGUCCAUCAUCCGAGCGCGCCAGGCUGGAGGCGGGAGCUGGUUUCACUCGGACGAACGGGAAACGUCUUGUCUGGUUUUAUUUAAAAGCAACUGAAUCCAUCCAUCAGUUUAAUCCAAUCAAAAAAGAAAAAGGCUUUCAUAGAUGGAUGUGUGUCAGACUGCUCGUUGCCCAGACAGAAUGGCUUUCAGGAGUCUGCGAAGGAUUGGAAAUUAUUAAAAUUAGAUGCACAUGACAUAAGAAAAAAUUUAACUUUGGAAAAAAUAAAUAUGUAGCUGUUUUGCCGUGUAAGAGUAAGUAACUCAUCCAGUACCAAAAAAAAACACAAACAACAAAAGAAAUGACUAUUAGUUCAAGGCCAAAAUAUGUUGUUGAAAAUGAAAGACUAACAUAAGAGACAACUGGCUUGAACCACAUGUGACCGGCGUGUGCUCUUCAUCUCAGCCCUACAGCAUUUUCUUCUCUCUUUUUUCCCCUCCAUACCAGAUUUGGUCCGUCAUCAUCAGAAGCACAAAGAGUAAAGUCAGAAAGCCCGACAACAGCUCGGCUGAAUGAAGAAAGAAACCGUUAAAAGUGUUCGUUCGGGGUCACGGCGGAUCUGUUUGUGUACAAACUCAGGCAAACGGAGGAAAAGGAGAACGCUGUCCUCACCUGGCGUCGUGGGCGACGCCGCGGGCCGUCCGAUCGCGCCCUCGCUGCCGACGACGCAACACUAAACCGCAGGGGUUGCUUCAACAGGGCCCGGGGUCAUGGCAGCGUCUGGGAUGUGAUGGGGGAACACAAUAAGCUUUUAAAAGAUAAAAAGAAGCAGGACGUCAGUAAAUCCCAUCAGGGGAAGACGGGGAGACUAAAAAACAUCUGAAAAUCUGGAAACAAAUAUAAAUCCCCGAUUGUUCUGCCAGGGAAAGGUCCCUUACUGUAGUAGAAGUACUGAAUGCCUGAGGAUGUCCUUUUUCCUUCCCUGGUUGUAUCUGUUUCAUACAUCCUGCCCUGUCUGCUCCUUGUGUGUGAGUGUGUGUGUGUGUGUGUGUGUGUGUGCGUGUGUGUGUGUGUGUGAGUGCGUGUUAUGCCACAUCCGUCCCCCCUCUCUCUCCUGCUCCUUGAUCCAAAGCUACUGGGAUCAGCUGAAUAUGCUAUCACAUACUGACACCUGUCUAGUAGAAUCAGAUCCUUUGAUGAAGCCAUGAAUCAGGGCCGUUCAGAUUGGGAAGUGUGCGCGUCAGCGUUUAUUCUUUUAUCUCCGUCUCAAGUGCCUGAACACAUCCUCUUUAUCUCCUCGUGUAUUUAAAUUGAGAAAAAUUCGAAAAAAUUGCUCUGUAAUAAAUUGGAUCCAUUUUUUUUAUGCUUAGUAUUUUUAACUCUGUAAAAACAAAAGAGCAAAAAUUAUAUUAUAUUAUAUUAUAUAUAUAUAUUAUAUAUAUAUAAAUAUCAAGUGUAUGUUGUACAUUUUUAUUUCUAUUUUUUUUUAAUAACUGUUUCUAACAUGUAAGAUGGAUGUAGCUCUUGCUUUUGAGAAGGAAAAGGAUAUACUUUGUAGAUACUGAAGGGUGGCCAGGUCUGCGAGAAAUCUAAAGUGAAAUGUGUGUCUUACCUUCCGCCUCUAAUAAAAUGAGAGAACACAGUGAAA